UUAUCAGUGAAAAUAGUUCUCAUCGCCUGUGGGAUCUCUCAAACUCUCUGCUAGACUUCUGCUGUUAUGGCAUCCAUACUUGGAUCGAAAUCGGUUAUUCUCAUUCUUUUAAUUCAAUUAUGUCUGUCUGUCAUAACUCCAGCUCUUGCGAUUUCGACCGGGUCGACAGAUGGUAACACCAUCAACGGUCGAGUGAAGAUUGCAGGUGUGGGUGCAAAAGGUUUUGGUCUUCCUGGGAAACUAUCCAAUGUCAAAGUUAUACUUAAUGGUGGACAAAACAUCACUUUUCUGAGGCCUGAUGGAUAUUUUUCAUUCUAUAACGUGCCGGCAGGGACUCAUUUAAUUGAAGUGGCUGCAAUAGGCUAUUUCUUUUCUCCAGUCCGAGUUGAUGUUAGUGCGAGAUUCCCUGGCAAGGUUCAGGCGGCGUUGACAGAGAACAGAAGGGGACUGAGUGAGUUGGUGUUAGAGCCAUUGAGUGAUGAACAGUAUUAUGAGACUAGGGAACCCUUCUCCAUAAUGUCUGUUGUCAAAAGCCCAAUGGGUCUUAUGGUGGGAUUUAUGCUGGUGGUUAUGUUCCUAAUGCCCAAAUUAAUGGAGAACAUGGAUCCGGAGGAAAUGAGGCGAGCACAAGAAGAAAUGAGGCAACAAGGGGUUCCCUCGCUAGCGAGCUUAUUGCCAGGAGCACAGAGAUAAAUUUGUUCAAAUUUGAGCUCAUGCUGAAAAAUUCUGUAGCAUUGUCAUCGAAAGUUGUCAUUGAUGUUUCAAUGGAUCAUAUAUGCACACAAUUAUCAAUUCUCUCCAUCAUAGAUGACAAUUUGUUUAUUCAGACAGACUGGAAGAUUGUAUUGUUAAUAAUGUUCAUGUUUAAUUUGCAAGGAGAUUUUACCCAUUA